AAGAUAUGUAGAUUUUGUUGGCAUCAUAUAAAGGAAAACUUGAAUAGAAAGUGUCCUGCUUGCCGAAGAGAGUACACCAACGAAGGCGCUAAAUUCCAGCCAGUAGCUGCGGAAGAUGUCAAACGUAUCGAACGUCAGAAAAAGUCAAAAGAAAAGGAGAAGAAGGAAUUGGAGAAUCUGGGUAGAACGAGAUUAGCAGACGUUAGAGUUAUACAAAGAUCAUUAGCUUAUAUUGUCGGUUGGCCUCAAUCUUUUACAGAGGAA